AUGAGCGGCUAUCUGUGGAAUUCCUUCUAUCAAGAUGAUGUGGAAGGGUUUCGAAGCUUUCUCUCUGCUGGGCAGGGAGGAAUGAAGACCACCAGCAAUCGAGUCAAAACCAGCAGUUCGAUAGAGGCAACGGGUAGGAGUCUUUCAUUUGGAAGUCCCGGCAGUCUAGGAACAUCGCCGGUCCUUGCGAAGCAGAAGAAAGCGCAUGGAUACAGCGCUCAAGAUGGCCUCACACGCCAGGAUAUCAAUCGACGAGACCACCUUGGACGAACGUUAUUGCAUUUGAUUGCAUCCUCACGACACGACUCGACCAUCGAUUUCGCGACCGCCCUACUGGACUUCCCGCUGACCGACAUAUAUCUCCAAGACUACGAAAACGGGUGGACUGCGUUGCACCGGGCAUUCUAUUUUGGAAAUGUUUCGAUUGCUCGCAGUAUCCUGUGGCGGGAAACUCAGGAUGUUUUGAACCACGCUCACGGCACCCCGAAGCAUCCCCAACCAUUGAUUAAGAUCAAAGACCAUGAGGGGAAUGGCCCGUAUGAUCUUUUGUUCAUGACUCUGGCGGCUCACUCUCGAAGGUCAACGAUCCAUCGGUCGAUCCGAGAAGGAACAGAAGGCAUUCGCGAUGAUACCUCAUCGACCGACGAAACCUUGGAUCCCACCCAAUCCGAGUCAAUAGCGUGUAUCUCCGAGCAACUUGGCGACGAGGUUUUUACUUUUGGAAGCAACAAGAACGUUACACUGGGGUUCGGGGACGAAGACGAUCGACAGUUUCCAGAACGAAUUACCCUUCGACGGCCCGUGGGUCUGAUCGAGAAGCAAUUCCUGCGAUAUCUUGAGUCAAGAAGUCAUUUUUAUGGUUCGGACACGAACGAGGGAAACAUGAGGAUGCGGAAUGGGUACGUGGAUAUCGCCGAAGUUCCUUUCAGUGUGAAAAGCAUCCCAAUUCGAUUCCGCGACAUACAAAUGUCCAAGUUCCAUACGGCGAUCUUGACUACUGACCAGGAGUCGAAUCUAUACAUAUGUGGCCAUGGAAAGGGUGGACGACUUGGUUUUGGAGAUGAGAGAACCCGGUAUCAGUUCGCGUGCGUCGAUUCCGGUGGACUUGGGACCAAAGAAGUGGUACAAGUCGCAUUAGGACACAAUCAUACCUUGGCUGUCACGUCGGAUGGAUCCGUAUAUUCCUGGGGAAUGAACACAUUCGGCCAAUUGGGUUACCAACUCUCGAACAUCCGACCAAACGAGGAGCCUUUACAGCUUGUUCCACGACAGAUCUACGGCACUUUGAAACGAGAACGGGUUGCCGGUGUUGCCGCAUCGAGAAUUCACUCCGUUGUCUUUACUCCGCUCUCAUUGUUCACCUUCGGGAAGAAUGAGGGCCAGUUGGGUAUUGUUGAUUCGGACGCUCGUUCUCUAUCCAGUCAAGCCAGUCCCCGAAAAGUCGCUGCAUCGUUGUUCAGCACUACGAUCUCCACCGUCGCUGCGAUUGAUCGUGCUACGAUAUGUUUGCUUGCGAACCACGAGGUCUGGGUCUUCGCCAACUACGGGUAUAGGCGCCUGACUUUCCCACUAGAUGGCUUUUCGAAUUUCUUUAUGCAUCAAGUGCAUACCAUUCCGAGUUGGGAGGAUAUCCCGAACCGAAUCUGUCAUAUUACCGGUGGAGGUAACACGAUUUGCGCCAUGUCUUCCAUGGGAGAAGUCUUCACUUGCGUGGUGAGCCUGCCAACCGAGAUGGGCGAUUCGCAUGCAUCAACCACGAAUCCAAGUAAAAUCAAAGGUUCCUUCUCCCAGCCUAGACGGGUAUGGUCCAUCAAAAAGGGCCACAUGUCAGCCAGAAAUGUCGCCGUUGACCAAGAUGGAUCUAUCAUUCUUGCCACCGAAGCUGGGACGGUCUGGAGGCAGGUCAAGCGGUCGAAAGCCAAACAUACCACUGCUUCGGAAAUUGGAAGCCAGUCGAAAGAUUACAAGUUCACUAGGAUACCGAACUUGACAAGAGUCUGCAAAGUUCGGGCAUCGGCCUUUGGUGCGUAUGCUGUUAUACGACAAGAAUAUGAUGUCACCAAAACCGACAUCUUGGACACUGGCAGUCCUUUGUGGGAAGCAUACGCCAGGCUCAUGCCUUUCGAAGAGUUGGUUACGUAUGCUACCACAGGCGAUCAUCCGAUUAAACUGUCAGCCGUCGAACCGAAGGUCCAGCAGCUUUUCUCCAUUACCAAAGGGAUUGAAAGUCUUGCAUUGAAAGAUACUAAGGAUUUUCCACUCGAACCUAUCGUCGUUUAUACAUCUCUUGGUAACUGGGGCAUACCAAUUCAUAGAUGGCUGCUGGUUGGACGGAGCAAUGUUAUUCGAAGAUCCCUGAACUCUCAUGCUCAUAUGGAUUUUCUUCACGUUGAAGAGACUGAAAAUUGUACUCGACUUCAAUUCGAAGGUCUUGAUCCCAUGACUCUCUUCAAUUUCGUUUACUGGUUGUACACGGAUGAAGUCGUUGAGUGUUGGCAAUUCCCAAAGAACGCCCGAGCACGUAACGUUCGAGCGGAUUUGAUCCGCCUUGCUCAUCGACUGGAAUUGACCGGACUUGAAUUCGCGGUCCGCCAGAUCGAUAGUCGAAGGCGACUGGACGACGACAUGAGAAUCGCAUACAGCGAUGCCGAAUUAUUCACUGACGCAGAUGUACUGGUCGAACUCGAGGACGGCCAAGUUUCUGCUCAUUCAGAGAUCCUUUGUCAGCGCUGUCCUUUUUUCGACGGUCUUUUCAAAGGUCGUACGGGAGGCCUCUGGCUACAAGGAAGAACUUCCGAAUCAGGGAAAGUCAGUAUUGACCUGAAGCAUUUUUCAUCGGAGACGUUCGGUUACGUUCUACGGCAUAUCUACUCAGAUGCUGGGAUCGAGCUAUUCGACAACAUUCAGUGCCCUAAGGUUGAAGACUUUCUUGAUCGUGUCUUGGAUGUGAUGGCCAUCGCGAACGAACUUCUACUUGACCGCUUGUCAUUGGUUUGCCAGAAGGUUAUCGGAAAGCACGUGAACCUUCGGAAUGUGUGCGAACUACUCAAUGUGAUUGCUCCCAGCCCUGCUGGAGCAUUUCGUCAUGCUGCACUGGAUUACAUUUGCUUCAACCUCGAGGUGCUUCUACAAAAUGGGUAUCUGGACGAAUUGGACAACGAUUUGUUAAUCGAAGUUAAUCAACGAGUACGCGAGGAACAACGAUAUCAUGCUAGAGCAAAGGAAGACGAUGAAGAGCUUCUACUUCGCUGGCCGGAGCUUUCAAAGAGACGGAUACGAUGGGGAGAGGUUAGCAUUGACCCUGCCAUGCUUGGAGAGAAGUCUGUGAGAGAUGCAUCCAAGUUCCCUUCGACAUCAUUCGUGAACCCUCUCGACCAUCAUCCAUUAUCGCUACCCCAAAGUUGCGACACCGAAGCAAGGAACAUCCAGCUCGCCAUGGAAAAUCCAACCAUCGAAGACCAACUCAUUCCCAUCGACUUCCAGUGGACCGGCAACUUCAAUCAGAAAUGCGUCAACUCCACUAACAAUGAGGCCACUGACAAUGAGGCAAACGGUCGCAAAUACCACACCGCAUACGAAUGA